AUGAUCCUCAAUCUCUCCCCCCUCAAGCCUUCCUCUUGCUCCGCUAUAUGUUCAUCCAAAUCCCCCUCCAAGCGGCAAACAGCAUGCCUCUUCCGUCGUGGUAUAGCCACCUAUAGAGCUACAGCACCCACCUAUGGCAUCGCAACUCCUCUUCCUGAAAGUGGCCCCCUCCAUCACGCCGGCAGUUUUCCCUUUCACUUCGAAACUGGCUAUGCCCUGUGUCCCAAAAGACAUUCUCGGCCAUUCCCGCCCCCCUUCGUAUCAAACCCGUCCACGUCUUUCUCCGACCCCUUGACAACUCACUUCCGAAGCCAGGAUAGACGCUUGUCUGUAGGUGGACAAUUGAUCAGGGGCCUGACGAACGGCGACGAUGCAGUUAUUGUAUCGGACAAUUACCUAGGCGUGAAUGACGGUGUAGGAGCUUGGGCUACCAGGCCGCAAGGCCAUGCAGCGCUGUGGUCCAGGCUUAUCCUUCAUUUCUGGGCCUUGGAGGUGGAGCGGAACGUGAACGGGGACUCCACUCCAGAUAACGUCUCCUAUCUACAACGCGCCUAUGAACAAACUGUCGAGGCGACUUCGACUCCGAACGAGUGGCUGGGCACAACAACUUCCACCACAGCCGUGCUACACUAUACCAUAAACUCUGGCACACCCACUCCCAUGCUCUACGUAACGACUCUGGGCGAUUGCCAACUGCUCGUCAUCCGGCCAAGCGAACAACGAGUCAUAUUCAAAACGGAGGGUCAGUGGCAUUGGUUUGACUGUCCCAUGCAGCUGGGCACGAACAGCGUAGACACGCCCAAGGAAAACGCGCAAUCAGCACAGAUCGAGUUGCAGGAGAAAGACCUCGUCCUGGCGGUGUCCGAUGGCGUCGUCGAUAAUUUGUGGGAACAUGAAGUUCUGAAGGUGGUGCUGGAUAGUUUGGAUGAAUGGGAUUCUGGCAAGAAAGAUGAUGAUAUGUUUUCUCAUCGCGCUCCCGAUGGAGGCGGUGCGAUUGUCUAUGCUGCUCGAAAACUUCUCCAGGCUGCGAAAGAUAUCGCGCAGGAUCCUUUUGCAGAAAGUCCGUACAUGGAGAAAGCUAUAGAAGAGGGUUUGACUAUUGAAGGGGGCAAGAUGGACGAUAUCAGCGUGGUUAUUGGGAGGUCGGUGUAUCGAAUUAUGAGAUACACAAGCAGACGCUACUAUUAG